ACCUGUCCGCACAAAACCCCAAUGCCCCCCUUGCCCACUUCUUUGCCCCCGCUUGUUCCCACCCAUCACCACUACAGCCGCCGCAAAUGGCCGCCGGAUUGGCCGUCACUUUGACGACCCGUCGUCUGUUCACUGCCCACCUUCAGAAGCCCUUUGCCUCUUCCUCUAAUAAUGCUUCGUCGUCGCCUUCGGUUCCGGCGGUUCGCUCCGUCCCACUCCUCGGCCGCCAUCUGUCUUUCCGACGAAGGCUGCUCAUUCUUUCCCCCAAGGCCACUACCGACCAGCCGGGUCAGGUCCAAGAAGGUGAGACAGUUGACAGUAAGAUCUUGCCAUAUUGUAGCAUAGACAAGAAAGAAAAAAAGUCAAUAGGGGAGCUUGAACAAGACUUCCUUCAGGCACUACAAGCUUUUUAUUAUGAAGGAAAGGCUAUUAUGUCAAAUGAAGAGUUUGAUAACCUCAAGGAAGAAUUGAUGUGGGAGGGAAGCAGUGUCGUCAUGCUAAGUUCUGAUGAACAGAAGUUCCUGGAAGCUUCAAUGGCCUAUGUGUCUGGGAAUCCAAUAAUGAGUGAUGAGGAUUAUGACAAAUUGAAGUUGCAACUAAAGAUUGAUGGAAGUGAAAUUGUUGUUGAAGGUCCAAGAUGCAGUCUUCGCAGUAGAAAGGUCUACAGUGAUCUCUCUGUUGACUAUCUCAAGAUGUUCCUCUUAUAUGUCCCUGCUGCUGUCAUUGCACUAGGACUGUUUUUCUUCCUGGAUGAUUUGACUGGGUUUGAGAUCACAUAUCUUUUGGAGCUUCCAGAACCUUUUAGUUUUAUUUUCACAUGGUUUGCCGCUGUGCCAUUGUUAUUGUGGUUGGCUCAAUCAAUCACAAAAUCCAUCGUGAAAGAUUUUUUGAUCUUGAAGGGACCCUGUCCAAACUGUGGGACUGAAAAUCUCUCCUUCUUUGGGACUAUUCUCUCUGUGUCUAGUGGUGGUUCCACCAACAAAGUUAAAUGUUCCAAUUGUGAAACUGAAAUGCUGUAUAAUUCAAAAACUCGCUUGAUUAUGCUGCCAGAAUAAAGUCAAGCAUGAAUGAAGGUGAAGUCUUCUGUGUACAUUGUAAUGAGACUGGUAUUUAUAUCCAUGCACAUUUCUGGUUUCUGUGAAAGAAAGAAUGACAGCUUGACGGAUCACAAAUGCAGACUGAAUCCUUGUGAAUGGAGGCCUAUGCUACUGGUUCUAGCACGAACUGCAGGGGAGGCCUAUCCAUUACACAUUUCUGGUUGUGUAGAUCUGUAACUAUCGGUAAACGAGGAAAUAUGAAUGUAUUUGACAUGUGAUUGCAUCUUGUGAUGUACGGUUCAUCUGUACAUAACUACAUCUUUGUCCUCUGCAAGAGGUGCAAAUUUGUGAUGAAACCUCCAGAUUAAUAGAGUCGCACUUGCCUUGUAA